CUAUAGCAAGUGCUUCUCUUUGGCAAACAUCAACAUUGUCACAUUCUCUUUGAUUUUUGCAAAAAGGCUAGACAACAAGGUUCUCUUCUCCUGGUGCUCAAACGCUCUUUGAUUUCUUGCUUUUCAGAUACCUACGUGAUUAAUAAGACGAGUGUGCAUCGUCCCAAGUCGCCGGGAUCCAGAAGCCGCGCCAAAUCCGCCGGGAAUCCCACCACCACCACCACCACCACCGGCCGGUCUCCUUUCUGCUUGCCUCGCUCGCAUCGUCGCAUUGCCACAUCCACAUCCUGCAAACAUGGCCGCCAUGGCCACCGCCCCGUGUUUUCCGGCCACCCCGGGACUCCCAGCGCGCGGCGCCGUCGCUGCUAGGAGCAGGAUGGCCGCCGGAGGAAGCAGGAGCCAACGGCGGCGGAGUUCCUCUGGGGUUUUCCUGUGCCGCUCCUCCACGACGGGGAGCACUAGGAUGGAGGACUACAACACCGCCAUGAAGAGAAUGAUGCGCAAUCCCUACGAAUACCACCAUGAUUUAGGUAUGAAUUAUGCUAUCAUUAGUGAUAGCUUGAUUGUUGGCUCGCAACCUCAAAAACCAGAAGAUAUUGAUCACUUAAAAGAUGAGGAGAAAGUAGCCUUUAUUCUUUGCUUACAGCAGGACAAGGACAUUGAAUAUUGGGGCAUUGAUUUCCAAACUGUUGUCAAUAGGUGCAAAGAACUUGGCAUAAAACACAUCAGAAGACCGGCAGUGGACUUCGAUCCAGAUUCGUUGAGGACUCAAUUGCCCAAAGCAGUCGCAUCACUAGAAUGGGCUAUAUCGGAAGGCAAAGGGCGUGUCUAUGUCCAUUGCACUGCUGGACUUGGGAGAGCACCUGCAGUUGCAAUUGCUUACAUGUUUUGGUUCGAGAAUAUGAAUCUUAAGACAGCUUAUGAGAAACUAACUUCUAAAAGGCCCUGUGGACCCAAUAAGAGAGCGAUCCGUGCUGCAACUUAUGAUCUUGCUAAGAAUGAUCCACAUAAAGAGUCUUUUGACAGUCUGCCAGAGCAUGCUUUUGAGGGCAUUGCUGACUCGGAGAGGAGGUUAAUUCAAGAACGGGUCCGUGCUCUUCGGGAGGCUUGAGAAGUAAAUGAAAACUUCUCCAUAUCCUUCUAUUCAAGCCUACAGGUCAGGAAAUGCAGUAAACAUAUGAUAGAACUAAAUAAACAAAUCUGCGCAAAUUGAAUUCAUUAUGGAACAGACAACAGCAGAACCUUAGCUCCUCUAGUAGUAUUCUUCUUUGCUGCCAGAUUGCUAGCUGGUGCAGAUGAAAAGGUUUUGAUUCACCUAUCCUCAGAAUAAAGCUCAGACAAGAUCUAAUUUAGUAGGUAUCUGAUAAUAAUAAGAAUGACAAAAUAAGGAGGUGCCAGAAGAUGGCAUUGCUGGUCUGGAUGAUCUUGGUUCUUGGUUGCAAUUGCGUAGUCUUAAUGGCGACCAGUUGUGUAAUUGGGAAACCCACACGCACAUAGUGCCUUGUAAAUUCAGAGUAUCGAAUAAGGCCGUCUUGAGACUGUCACUUUGCUCAUGUGUACGGCUAUUGCUGUUGAAAGUGAAACACAUACUAUUGCUGAAAGUGAAAAUUCAUCAUAUCAUCGCCAAAUGUGAUGUAUGCAUGUUCAGAGGUUGACUGCGGAUGUUUAAGUUUACUGAUAUUUAUGUUUUCCUGUCAAUUUGAUUAUUAUAACAAGUAAUGUUGUAGACAAAGCAUUCCAUUCCUACUGGAAUUUUGCUGUGCAGUUGACCUGUA